AUCCCCUAAAUAUCUCUCCAUUUCUUCUGUUUCUCAAAUCAAAACAAAACCCCUCCCCCCACCUCUCUCUAAUGGCAACAGCUUCACUACUUGAAUCCAACCCAUUAAAAUGGAACCAGACCUUCCUUCCCCUGUUACCUUCUCCUCGCCCGACACCGUCUCCCCUCUUCAAAUCUUCGAAAUUUAAUGGAACCCUGAUUCAUCAUGGUUCCUCUAAAUUCACUUUCAAAUGCUUCUUCUCCUCCAACAAGAGGCAUUUCACUAGCUCCGGCUCGAACCCCAGAUCGAGUUUGGGGUCCGUGUCUGAAAAGAAGCAAAUUUCGACGAACCCAUUUGAGGUGAUUGCGGAAACGGUUAUCAAGGCGGUGAACGCGUUGAAGAAACCUGCUGUAGCUGCGGUUUUGUUGGGGCUUUUGUUGAUGUACGAUCCAAAUUCUGCGUUGGCUGCUUCCGGUGGUCGAAUUGGGGGAGGUUCGUUCUCUUCGCGUUCUUCGUCUUCUUCGUCUUCUUCACGGAGUUAUUCGGUGCCUCGGACGAGAGAGCCGAGUUUUUCGUACUCUGUUCCUUACUAUGCGCCAUCCCCAUUUGGAGCUGGCGGCGGGUUUUUCAUGGGGCCGGCUGUGGGUGUUGGAGUUGGUGCUGGCUCGAGCUUCUUCUUGAUUUUGAUGGGGUUCGCGGCAUUUGUGUUAGUUUCCGGGUUUCUUUCGGAUAGGUCGGAGAGUAGUGUCCUGACUGCUAGUGAGAAAACCAGUGUUCUCAAGAUUCAGGUUGGGUUGUUGGGCAUGGGGCGGAAUCUUCAAAAGGAUCUUAAUCGGAUUGCUGAAGUUGCAGAUACUUCUACCUCAGAAGGUCUCAGUUAUGUAUUGACAGAGACAACAUUAGCUUUGCUUCGCAAUCCUGAUUACUGCAUCUCUAGUUAUUCAUCUGCAGAUGUAAAGCGAAGCAUAGAGGAUGGAGAAAAACGUUUUAAUCAACUAUCUAUUGAAGAACGUGGUAAAUUUGAUGAAGAGACGCUUGUUAAUGUGAACAAUAUAAAGAGGCAAAGUACAACAAAGCAGAAAGCUAGUGGAUUUAGCAAUGAGUACAUCGUGAUAACAAUCUUGGUGGCUGCGGAAGGGGUACAUAAAUUGCCUACCAUUAAUGGAAGUGGUGACUUAAAGGAAGCCUUACAAAAGCUUGCUUCCAUCCCAGCUAGUAAAAUAAUGGCAGUUGAGGUCUUGUGGACGCCUCAAAAUGAAAAUGACACGUUAUCUGAGCGGGAACUUCUUGAAGAUUACCCACUCUUGAGGCCUCUGUAAAAUUUUAUAACUAGAUAAGUACAGUACAUCUUCAUGUGAGAGUUAUGAAUUGAACUGCUUGCUACAUCUUUGUUAUAAUUUGAACUGAUUCCAAAAUAAGUCUACAUUAGUAUA